AUGACAUGGCAAAAGUGUGGGGGAGUUGUGGCGGUGCGGCGAACUAUGAGGAGCGGCGUAGGCGAGUUGGUCUGGGAGAAUGCCCAUACCGCACGCGAAGUGCGAGGUGUGGCUUUUCUUGGUAUACCACAGGCAACAGACCCGGGUUGGGUAAUGCGAAAACAUGCGCUUCUUCGCGCAGAGUACCCGCAAAGUGCGCCGCCCCCAGCCACCGCAAUGGAGGAAGUGGUAGAGGGAGGAAAUGGAAAUGCACUGAUGCUUUUACCAACGGCAAAGCCGCGUGGUGAAAGUGAGGUGCCCAUGACACAGAAGCGUGCGCGUGGCGAGGAUGCUGUUAUCUCCAUCGAUCCAAAGGUGUUGAAGAGCCGCAUAACAGCCGUCUCCACCACAGCGCCAGCGGGCGUGCAAGAUGAUGAGACGUAUGUGCCGCCUUCAACGUGGAAAUUGUCAAAGGUGUUGGUGGGACACCGAGGGUGGGUUUGGUGUGCCGCGGUGGAGCCAAAUAACUCAUGGUUCGUAACAGGUGGUGGUGAUGCUGUGGUGAAAGCCUGGGAUCUGACGACGGGGGCGCUUAAACUCAAUCUUACAGGGCACAAGGAGGCUGUGCGGGCUGUCUCGCUGAGUACGCUUUCACCCUACAUGUUUAGCGGGAGCGACGAUCACUCAGUGAAGUGUUGGGACCUUGAACGCAAUGAAAUUAUACGGGACUUUCAUGGACAUAAGGGUUCAGUUCACUGCGUCGGCGCACAUCCUUCGCUGGAUAUUGUUUUAAGUGGUGGAAGAGAUAAAACUGUGCGAGUAUGGGACAUACGCACUCGCUCAUGUGUGCACAUUCUUGUGGGUCACAAUGACAGUGUCAUGUCCCUAGCAGUACAGCAGGCCGAUCCACAGGUCAUUUCUGGUGGAAGCGACGGCAUGAUUUACUUGUGGGACAUCGCAUCUGGACGUGCCUUUACUCGCCUGACGCGUCACAAGAAACCUGUACGAGGACUUGCUAUCAACCGUCAAGGAACAUUGACCUCCUGUGGGGCCGACCAUAUCCGUGUCUGGUCCCUUCCGAAGGGGGACUUUCUUUUCAACGCAUCUGCGACUGCCGCUGGUGGGAGUAACAAAGAUGAGGACGCGCCUGGGUGCCGCUGGAGCUGCUGCGCCUUUAGCCCUCGCAAUGUGCUUGUGGUGGGGAGCCAGGAGGGAAGAUUGGCAUUUUAUGAUUGGGGACGUCCGCGUCGUCCGCCGUAUCAGCUGGCUAAGACAAAAUCCAUUCCAGGCACACUCCCCGGUGAAGGUGGCAUUAACGACGUCGUGUUCGAUGCGUCAGGGUCACGCAUGAUCACUGCGGAGAGUGACAAGAGCGUAAAGGUUUGGCGAUCCAAAGAGUAA